AUGGAAAAAAAUUCGGAAUUAAAUUUAGAAAAAGGAGUCAAUGCAGAGGAUUACAAUCAUUCAUAUAUAAUUGACGUAAAUGGAAGAGUUUUAAUAGGGAUUUUUUUAUGUACAGACAGAGAUGCCAAUGUCAUUUUAGGAUCAUGCAGUGAAUAUUUAAGAGAAGAAGAUUGUUUUACAGAAGAACCUAGAGGUUUGGGAUUAGUUAUGGUACCUGGACGACAUAUAGUUUCAAUUCAUCAAGAUAAAUCUUGA